AUGAAUAAGGGCAAUUUUGAAAAGAGUGAGAAACCUGGAAAGGGGUCCACAAAAAAUAGCGAGUUGAAAAAGGGAAACAAAAUAAGCAGCUCAAAAAGGGGCAUGUGCACACAUAACAAAAUACAAAAGACUGAAAAUUUUACGGAGGAAUAUCACUAUUCCAUAUUGCAGAAAUAUAAUUAUGAUAUAGUAAAAGAUUUAUUAGAGUGGUAUUACAAAUAUAGGCGAAAGCUGCCAUGGAGAAAUGACAAGCCACCAUACACGACAAGCGUUCAAUUGGAUGAAGGAAAAAUAACUGGAGGAGAUAUAAGGCAUUACUUUACUAAAAGUGAUAAUAAAAAAAUUAAAAAAGAAGAUUUGAAUAGUUAUAUUAACAAGAACACAAAUAACGAAAGGGAAAAAAGAACAAUCGGGGUUGUAGUAAAAGUAAAAAAAGAACAACAAAAUUUAGCAUGUCAAGAAGUAAAAAGAAUAAAAAAGGAAACUAUAUUAAAUAAUGAAAAUAAGAACAUAGAGAUAAACCAAAUGAUAAGAAAUGAUGAAAAUAUUACCAUGUUAUCAACGUGUAUAAGACCCAAUAGUAAUCCUUACAAUAAUGAAAAUGUUGAAAAUAUUAGAAGCGAGUCGAUAAAUAAUGCAGACAAUUUAUGUUUAAGGGGGUACCAAAUAUAUAUAAGUGAAAUAAUGUUACAACAAACGAAGGUACAUACUGUUUUAAAUUACUAUAUAAAGUGGAUGAAUACAUGGAGUAGCAUUUUCGAAUUGGCAAAAAGAAAUCUAGAUGAUGUUUUAAUAUUAUGGAAAGGGUUAGGAUAUUAUAAUAGAGCCAAAAAUUUAUUAGAAUGCUGUAAAACAGUUGUUGAAAAAUAUAAUGGUAUAUUCCCAAAUGAUAUAAAAUUACUAAAAGAAUUACCAGGUAUUGGUGAUUACACAUCUAAAGCUAUAUGUAUACAUUUAUAUAACAGAAAAGAUAUUUGUAUUGAUACUAAUAUCAUAAGAAUAUUUUCAAGAAUUACUGAUACAAUCAAUUAUUAUAAAUCCACUGUUUUAUCUAAACAUUGUGAAGAGGUAAGCCACAUUUUAUGUUCAGGUGAAUUCAAUUAUUCUGACCUUAGUCAGGCUUUAAUGGAUUUAGGAUCAAGUGUUUGUACCAACUCCCCUUUAUGUGCAAAGUGUCCUUUGAAUAAAUAUUGUCUUAUUCAUUUAAAAACAAACAAGAAAAAAUAUAGCCCCUUUAACCUGAUCCAUCCCACUGAUUGCACACUGUGCGUUCUGAAGAGAAACGUCGAAAUUAAGAGUGUCCCUCUUGUGAAAAGGAAGAAAAAAACAGGGAAAACGUGCCUAGUAUUGCUGGUAAAAAGGGAAGAAGUAAAUAACGGGGAUAAUAGUGGAAAUAGCAGUAUUAAUAACGUACCCACAGCUAACCAUAGUCGAACGAACCACUUGGAUGAUCAUUAUUUGAUGAUCAAGAACACGGACUCGAAUUUAUUUUCCAUGCAUUAUUUGUUUCCCCUUUUGCUUAUUGAUCAGUUUGACAAAAAAACCGUACAUGUGCAUUUAAACAGUUUACUAUCCAAAUUAAAUUUAAACAAUUCCAAGAAGGAUUCCUUUACAUACAUUAACCACUUUAAGCAUAUAUUUUCUCACCUCACGUAUGACACGUACAUUUAUGUUUGUUCUGUUUUGGACGCGGAAAAUACAACAAUCAACGGAGAAAAUACAUGGAUAAAAUUAAAAGACAUCAAGGAUUUUACGCACAAUACAUUUUGUCAACAUAUAAUAGAUCAUUAUAAAGAAAAGAUAGAUGAUAAAAAAAAUUAUUUUUCCGAAUUUUACAUUUAA